UAUAAAUUGGACGAUCCGCUGCACCACCAGACAUGCAGUACCAACGUGCAACAAGAUCAGGAUCACUGUGAGAUCAGCUACCAUAAUCCAGGAUCGUCAUAGACGUGACAGAGCGACAUGAACGCACUUAUCAUAUUAGCUGCUGUCCUUAGCGUGGUCUUAGGGGCUCCACAAUGGUAUGGUGGACCUGCAGCUUAUGGGGGUCAUCCUGGUGGUCCACCUGCUCCUCUGGGACCGGAUGGACGAGUGGUGGACACACCGGAAGUCGCUCAGUUGAAAUCUGCUCAUCUGGCAGCUUUGGCAGAGGCUAAUGCUCGGGCUCCUAAGGUACCUGGUGGUUAUGGUGGUCCUGGUCCCGCAGGAGGUUAUGCUGGUCCCGACGGUGCUUAUGCUGCGGCUAACUACAUUCCUCACUACAGUGGACCACCAGCUCCACUUGGACCGGAUGGUCGUGUAGUUGAUACUGCGGAAGUCCAGCAGGCAAAGGCAGUGCACUUCUCACUUUACAAUGCAGAAGCCCAACGUGUUCCCUCAGGACCUGCUGAACCUGGUCCAGCAUCCUGGAAUCCCGGUUACGGUGGAAGCUGGAACGGUGGCUGGAAUCCUGCUCACAAUCAAUACUAAAUGAUUGAAUCGGCCAUAGCCAUUGAUCGAGGAGUCCUUAAUGAAUAUUAAUCUGCGGAAUAAUAAUCAUAUAAUUGGAUCUUCAUCUAGAUCUUUCGUAACAUAAAAAUUCACAUAUCUACCUCUAACGGAAGACUAGAUUGAUCUUAUAAAGAAUUACUCUUUCUCUCUAUCCCUUAAAUAUGUAACGAGUUUCUUUUUCACGUGUUGGCCAUGAACGACAUACUAUUUUUAACAACACUGCCACGCAUACCACCACAUACAAAUACGCAACGAACAAUCGACCCAAUACGGAAACAAAAAAAAAAUUUUUAAUUUAUUACACAGAUUGUCCCACAGAUACCAACGUGCUAACUCGUUUUACUUGGUUUAGAAUUCUCGACCAAUGAGCUAUCAAAUCUUAUUUCAUGGAUCUCUACCUAAUUACGUUACUUAUACCAUAUUAUAUAAGCACGCUAUAACAAGUCGAAUAGUUAUACCAACCUAUUCCAUAAUGCAUUUCCACAUUUCUUUCCAUAAUAGAAAAUAGAAAAUGCAUAAAAUAUAUACAUAUAUACGCAAAGGAAAAUACAUAUUUUAUCAGAAAUAAAAUAAACCGCUCUAUACGCUGCCGACUGAAA